ACCGGGUGGGGAGGAGGCGAGAGGCCGGGGAAGAGAGCAGGGAGGCAGCUCGGCAGAGGGGGACGGGACGGACCCGGCGCCCCGCGGGCCAUGCGCCUCCUGGCUACGGCGCUGGCCGCCCUGCUGGCCGCGGCCUCGGCCCCAGAUGUUUGUGAGGCUUUAAAUGUGACAGUCUCUCCUGGACCAACAGUGCAAUACUCUGAGGGGGAUAAUGCUACCCUUUACUGCCACGUUUCUCAAAAGAGAAAGACAGACAAUUUGCUGGCUGUGCGGUGGGUCUUUGCUGCAUCACCAACCCAGGAGCAUCUGAUGAUCAAAAUGACAAAGUUUGGGUCUGUCCAGUAUUAUGGAAAUUAUACUCAUCAUUUUCACAAGCAAAGACUUCAUCUUCUUAAAGAGAAACGUGGAACUAUGUACAAAUUUCUUAUUUUAAGCCUCCAGCAAACAGAUCAAGGACAUUAUAUAUGCAAAGUGCAGGAAAUUGGCAAACACAGAAAUAAGUGGACAGCAUGGUCAAAUGGUACAGCAGCUACUGAAAUAAGAGUGAUUUUGACAAAAUCUUCUGAUCUUCCAACUUUCAAGAAAAAUCAUGAAGCUUGGAAGUUUUUUGAAGAUCUGUACGUGUAUGCAGUGUUUGUGUGCUCCAUAGGAAUCGUCAGUGUCCUCCUUUUCACACUUGUCAUUCUCUGUCAGUCCCUUCUGAACAAGAGGAGAUCCACAGUGAAGCAUUACCUGGUGAAAUGCCCCCAGAACAGCUCUGGUGAGACAGUUACCAGUGUAACCAGCAUGUCUCCUCUACAGCCUAAGAAGGUAAAGAAAAAGAAAGAGAAACUGGAGCAGCCACCGGCCAUCCCAGCAAAAGCUCCAAUUGCCAAUAAUUUCCCGAAGCCCAAGCUCUUGAAACCUCAAAGAAAAUUGAUCCUGCCAAAAAUCGCAGAGGAGAAUUUAACAUAUGCUGAACUUGAACUGAUGAAGCCAAUUCAGGAAGCUAAAGGCAUUUCCAGUAUGACAGUCUACGCACAGAUACUCUUUGAGGAGAACAAGCUGUAAUAGUUCAUGCCUGUAUAAAUGUCCUUUGUCUGUGUUCUAUUUAAUUCUUGCUGUGCUGUUUAUUUAUAAAAAUCAUUCAAAUGUCCU